GUUUCUUAUGGUGUUAAUAAAGCAUGGUGAUGGCUAUGCUUCUGUCACCAUUGAAACCCUUGGCCUGCUCCUCUCCUGCAUUUUCUCAAGACCCAUCAUCGUAUAGACCAGCUGUUGUUCUUCCAGGUUUGGGGAACAAUUCAGCUGACUACCAGAAGUUGGAGGUGACAUUGAGAGGGUAUGGAGUGUCCACAGUAACUGCAAAGGUGGCAAGAAUUGAUUGGCUAAGGAAUGCCGCCGGUCUUGUGGAUCCGAAUUACUGGCGGGGAACUCUCAGUCCUCGACCUGUGCUGGAUUGGUAUUUGAAGAGGGUGGAUGAGGCUGUAAAAGAGGCAAAGGAGCUAGCACAAGGUGGACCUUUAUCCCUAGUUGGACAUUCAGCAGGAGGAUGGCUUGCGCGUCUCUACAUGGAAGAAUAUGGGAUAUCAGAUAUUUCCUUGUUGUUGACUCUUGGAACCCCCCACCUACCACCUCCGAGAGGUGUCUCUGGGGUCAUUGAUCAAACAAGGGGACUCCUGUAUUAUGUCGAAAAGAAAUGCUCAAAAGCUGUUUACACUCCUGAACUGAGAUAUGUAUGUAUCGCUGGGAGGUAUCUCCAAGGUGCUCGCUUAUUUGGCAACUCAAGUGAGAGUGUUGAUUCCGCAAUUCCAAUGGAGAGUUUAGAACCCUCAUCAGAGGUUGCUGUGAUAAAUGAUGUGAGCAUUUCAACAUCAACAACGCCCACUUUGCGUGCACGCUUUGUCGGGCAAGGGUACAAGCAGGUUUGCGGGCAAGCAGAUGUUUGGGGUGACGGGGUUGUACCAGAAGUGUCAGCUCAUCUGGAGGGUGCACUCAAUAUUAGCAUAGAUGGUGUUUACCACUCACCAGUUGGUUCAGAUGAUAUAUUGAGACCGUGGUAUGGGUCACCUGCGAUUGUAGAGCAAUGGAUACACCACCUCCUAAGCUAAUGUUCCGGAGGCACUAUAUUAUUUAUUCAUGUGGAGAUAAACUGCCAAUUCAAUAACGGAUCCGGCUCCUCUAAAGUGAGCAAGCCAUGAAGUUAGUAAAUUUCAUAAAAUCUCUUACCUACAUCUAAUCUAAUGGUUCAAAUAUAUCUAUGUUAAAUAAAA